UUUUAGAGCAUUAUGUUAUCUCCAAUAAUUUUUAGCCUAAAACUCAUCCUCAGCCUCAGCUUUACUGAGAUUUUUCUAGCUUUCAGUCACCAUGGGAAAUUGUGGGUCUUUUCAAAUUUCCUUGUGAUGAAACUCUGUUGUUUCUAAAGCACUUCUUCAUCUCUAGUUUUGCUGUUGCUUACCGAAUUUUUAUUCACUUGAUUUAUUAUCACCAUGGGAAGUUGUUUUUCUAUCCAACUUUCUGGUGAUAUUGGCCAGUCGCUGGAUCGUAUCUUUAGAUGCUUAUUUAGUAGAGAUUAUAUUGGAAACCUUAAGGAGAACCUCAAGGAUCUGGAGAGGGAAAUGAAAGAUCUCAUAGCAAUUAAAGAUGAGGUUAUGAACAAAGUUAAGAGGGAGGAAAGGCUACUACAUAAACAAAUGCGUCCAACUGUCAGGGAAUGGCUUACACGUGUGGAGGACGUCCAUACACGGUUCACUAAUCUGGUUAGUACUAGUACCGCUCAGCUUCAAAGUCUGUUUCUUUGUGGUUUAUGCUCAACAAAUAUACGUUCUAGCUACAAUUAUGGGGAAAGUGUAUUCUUGUUGUUGGAAGAGGUUAAGAAACUCAAAUCAGAUGGUGAUUUUAAAGAGGUUACUGAGUUGAUUCCACUACCUGAAUUUGUGGAGAGACCUACACGGCCUACGGUUGGUCAGGAGGCCAUGCUGGAGAAGGCAUGGAAACGACUAAUGGAAGAUGGAGUCGGAAUCAUGGGUCUGCACGGUAUGGGUGGUGUUGGGAAAACUACCCUUUUCAAGAAAAUCCACAAUAAGUUUGCUGAAAUAGCUGGAAAGUUUGACAUUGUGAUAUGGAUUGUGGUGUCUCAAGGUGCAAAUAUUUCAAAGCUUCAAGAAGAUAUUGCAAAGAAGCUAAACCUUAGUGGCUCUGAAUGGACUAACGAAAAUGAAAGUGAUAAAGCCGCAGAGAUGCACAGAUGUUUAAAAAGGAAGAGAUUUGUGCUGAUGCUCGAUGAUAUAUGGGAGAAAGUGGAUUUAGAAGCCAUUGGAGUUCCGGAACCGACUAAAGAAAAUGGAUGCAAAGUGGCAUUUACCACCCGUUCUGAGGAAGUAUGUGUGAGGAUGGGGGAUCAUGAACCGAUGCAAGUCAAGUGUUUGAACAAAGAUCAAGCAUGGGAAUUGUUUAAACGCAAGAUUGGAGAUGAAAAGUUAAGAAGAGAGCCCCGCAUUGACCGCCUCGCUAGAAAGGUUGCUGAUAAAUGUGAUGGUCUGCCACUAGCACUCACUGUCAUUGGCGAGACAAUGGCAUCAAAAACUAUAGUACAAGAAUGGGAGAAUGCAGUCAAUGUUUUGACUAGAAACGCUACAAAAUUUUAUGACAUGGAAAAUAAAAUUCUUCCAAUUCUGAAGUUCAGCUACGAUAACUUGAAAUAUGAACAUAUCAAGUCAUGUUUCGUCUAUUGUGCUCUGUUUCCAGAAGAUGAUCCAAUAGACAAAGAAGGGUUGAUAGAAUACUGGAUAUGCGAAGGAUUCGUCGGGGAGAACCAAGAUUUAAGAACAGCAAUGAAUGAGGGUUAUGAUGUAAUCGGUAUCCUUCUCCGUGCAAAUUUACUGACAGAAGUUGAUACAGAUACUGUAGUGAUGCAUGACGUAGUUCGUGAGAUGGCUCUUUGGAUCGCAUCCGAUUUGGGGGAAAACAAAGAGAAUUUUGUUGUUCAAGCAGGAGUCGGAUUACACCAAGUACCAAAAGUCAAAAAUUGGGGAGCUGUGAGGAGGAUGUCAUUAAUGGGUAAUAAUAUCAAAGAGAUGAGUUGCGGUUCCAAGUGUUCUGAACUUACAACUCUGCUCCUCCAAGAUAAUUCGUUGGAUUAUCUCUCAGGUGAAAUAAUCCAAUAUAUGCAAAAUCUAGUUGUUUUGGAUCUAUCAAAUAACCUCAACAUCAAGGAACUUCCAGAGCAGAUAUCGCAGCUGACCUCCUUGCAGUAUAUUGACUUGUCCCAAACAAGUAUAGAGCAAUUGCCUUUUGGUUUCCAAGAGCUGAAAAAGCUAACUCACCUGAAUUUGACUAGUACAGAGUUACUUCGUAGUAUUAGUGGGAUAUUGAAAUUGUCAAGUUUAAUGAGUUUGAAACUACUUCAUUCUAAUGUUCAUGGAGAUGCUAGCUUAGUGAAGGAGCUGCAGCUCUUGGAGCAUCUACAAUUUCUAAGCAUAUGUAUAUCUAUGGAGUCCGGUUUGGAGCAAAUAUUAGGCGAUCAAAGGUUGGUGAACUGCAUCUAUCAUCUGCAUAUUCACGAAUUUCAACAAAAGCCAUUCAAUCUGUCGUCACUGGUGAGCAUGGAGAAUCUUCAAGUGGUCUGGUUAACAAGUAUUCAUGUCUCCGAUUUGCACAAUCCAACACGUCCAUGCUUUACCAACCUCUCCAACGUAUGUAUAUCUAGCUGCAGAGGCAUUAAGGAUCUGACUUGGCUAUUGUUUGCUCCAAAUCUUGUCAAUUUGAACAUUGAAAAUUCAGGUGAACUAGAAGAAGUUAUAAACAAAGAGAAAGCAACAAAGGUUAUAGGUAUUUCAUCACCCUUUGAGAAACUAGAAGUGUUAAACUUGUACGCGUUGCCUAGACUGGAGAGUAUCUACUGGAGUCCUCUUCCCUUUCCAUUUUUGACGCGCAUAGUGAUAGAAAAAUGUCUAAAGCUGAGAAAGCUUCCCUUAAAUGCUGCAAGUGUCUCACGAGUUGACGAGCUUUCAAUAUUGAUUGAAAAACAAACUGAGCUUAAAUGGGAGGAUGAAGAUACCAAAAAUCGUUUCUUACCUGUAGUCGUUAAGCGCUAAAACAUCCUUUACUCUGGACUGGGAUUGAGAAUCCACGCUGCUUCUUCUUCUUAUGUUUUCUUUUUCAAUCCCUUACUCUGGACUGGGAGUCCUCACUCUAUCUUACGACAUGUGGAGUGUUUUGUAUCAUUGAAUUUUCCUUGGCAUGCUUAUCUUUGUAUCAUUGUUUUUGGGGUUUCUUUACAUACUUAUCUCUGUGGAGUGUGUUGUGUUUUACGUAAUAUGGAUUGUAUCUUUUUCAAAACAAUGGUUUAUGCUUUUAGGAAAAAAGAACUUUUACAGAGGA